AACAUUCGCCUGAACCAGUGGACGGAUUUACUUGACCAGUGGUCAAAAAUAACUAUUGUUCGCCAGACGUGGAGUUUAAUUCGGAGACGUGUCAGAUAACAGAAGACUAGUAUGGACGACCGCCUCAGAGUAAUAUUUCGGCAGAAAUGUCACGUGAUACUACUACUCCUUUUCAUCGUAAAUACGGCGCAUGCUCAGAACAUCACGUGCGCUGUGCCGUCCGAUGUCGUUUUCGUGUUAGAUGGUUCGGAAAGUCUUAGUGAGAUUAACUUUUCAAACAUGAAGACUUUUGUGAUGGAACUAUUGUCAAAGUUUCAAAUCUCGUCAGCCUUCACGAGAGUUGGCGUGAUUGUGUACGGGACAAUUCCAGGGGACAUCGUAUAUUUGGGUACAGUCAAUUACAUUCAGGUCCUGGAUAUCACAAUCCGAAACCUAAACCAACCGAAAUCCGGAACCGGAACUCCGAAAGCGAUAGAGGCCAUGCGCAGAAUGUUCAACGAAAGGGGUCGGUCGGGCGUGGAUAAAGUUGGAAUCGUCAUCACAGACGGUCGGUCCGUUUCCCCGGAACAGACCAAGCAGCAGGCCGACCUGGCUAAGAGUGCGGGAAUCCGCAUGAUCUCCAUCGGCUUUGGCUCAAACGUCUUUCGGACGGAGUUGGAACAGAUCGCCAGCAGUAGUUCUCUAGUGUUCGAGUCCAAUGACUUCACCAUGCUGUUGAAUGAAGUGGAGAUCGCCAUGCGCAGCCUCAUCUGUCACGUGAUCACCACGACCGUCACCACCACCACUACCACAACGACAACCACUACUACCACGCCGGCACCAACCACGCCCGCGCCAACAACUCAGGCGCCGACCACACGAGCGCCAACGACACAGGCGCCGACCACAGCGGCCCCGACCACAGCGGCGCCGACCACACAGGCGCCGACCACUCAAGCACCAACGACCCCCAUACCAACAACAAGGGCACCAACUACACCCCGGAGGUUAACGCCCAUCCCUACGUUGCCACCUGCUGGCAGCCUGUUGUCGACUGUAAUAAGCGACCUGUGUCCUAACUGUAUCAUAGGGCGUAACUGGGGCUACAUGCCUUAUCCCGGAGACUGCACGCGCUAUAUUUCCAUGUUUCCCGACGGUCGAGGAGGCCGGGUGUCCAGUGUACAGAAAUGUCCGUUCGGGUCCUGGUGGGACUCAUACAGCCUGUCCUGUCGGUAUCCUGUCGAUGUCACGUGCAAUGAUGAUCCGUGUCGUGGGGUCAGUUAUGGAGCUUUCCCGAUGGCGGACGUCUGCUCCGGAUUUUGGUACUGCAUCAACGGCAAGGCGUACCCGUCCUGCUGUCCGAAACAAAACCAGCGUUUCAUUGGGAACGGGCCUCAGCUGAAGUGCUCUGACAACGACUUCUGCCCGGAUAGUUGCCCCCCAGUCGACUCUAACAGACUAGUAGGACCCACAGUGUGUGCCAGCUAUCCCCACGCUAGUGACAGAACAAAGUACUUGGAGUAUGCGCCCGGAAGUGGAAAUAUCACACGUGACUGUGCAACAGGAACCUAUUUCGUUUCGAAUGACUGCGCAUGUACUGGCAUCGAUGACUUGCCUUCUCAGUCUCUGCAAACCUGUAACCCGGAGGUUUAUUUUAACUUCGAUGACAACUUCGGUGACAUGUCGGGGAACGAGAUCGCCGCUGGACUGGAGAACGUUGAAUUGGAUACAAAGGAAGCCAAGUUUUCCGGAGACGGGAUGAUAAACAUGUGGCGGUUUUCUAAUUCUGAUUUUCGACGAAGUUUAGUGAUCACCUUCAAGUUCCGCCCUGAAAACAGUGGUAGCCCUGGACCAAUCCAGGCCCUUGUAACAAACUGCAUCUUCAGUGAUCAGGAGGAAGCUUCUCUGGCCAUCAGCGUGGUUCCCGGAAGUGACCCAAGCGUGUUGUAUUUCAAGACGCAGACGACACGCGGAACGGCGGAAUUGUUUGUCCCUUAUGACCCGACGGUAAUGAGUAGCGGAGUGUAUAUCUAUGACGGUGUGACACUUACGGGGCGUGUCAACAACGAGGUCCGCACAGCUUCUCUCACUGGUGAUAUUUUACGGAGACAAAGUGGAAUCGUCAUUGGAGCCGGAAGUAUGAUGGCGAAUUACCGUGGACGGAUAGAUGAUUUCAAACUGUACACAUGUUUUCCGAACGGGAUAUAUACAGCAGCUGGAAGGCGAUGACAUCACAGAACUGUCAACAUAUUUCUGCAAAGGAAACAUAAAACAUGAGACUUGGUCGAUGCCCCUGUAUUUUGUCGUCACAUACGCUGUACUUGGGCGUGCUUCCAUAGAGUGAUGUUAAUACCAUAGUAUAUAGACGAGUAUUAUGUACGUGUAUUAACACUGUAAAUAAAAGUUUGGAAUAGUCACAAGUGUUAAAUAUAGUAAAACUUUACUGAGUAUUUAUAUGUAGUGAUCAGUACACAUGUAGCUAUUAUUUAUCUUAGUUUAGAACAGUUUUAAUUGUUAUUUAUCUUGUGUUGUAAGUGUUUGAUAUUUCAAUGAUUAUCGUUUAACUUUAUUGAUAUAGAUGUCAUUGUUUUUAUUUAAGUCAUCAAUCACGUGCUGAAUGUUAACAAGAGGUGUGUGGAUGAUAGCAGAAUAAUUGCAUAAUUUUCGACAAGUUAUAUAUACAUUGAGUGACAUCAAAUCGUUUGGUCAUAGUUUAAAAUCAUGAUUUUCAUUUGUUUUGCCAAUUCGAUAAAAUGCCUUGGUGCACUUGUUGGUGUGCUUUUAUCAUCCACUGGAAGUGUAAAUAUAUCAGCCUCGAUGUUUUUUCUUGCUGACUUACAUCUUUUGAAUAUGUCAGCACAUGUGUUAUCCCGAUUCAUCAUUAUCAGGGGAUUUAUUUGUAUAAUAAGUGUUUUGUACAGAUCAUACUUUGAAGCUCCAUUUUGUGCAUGGAUACCGAUAUGGUAUCUAUUCCCGUCUUAGCGUAUUGCAGAGUUAUCUUCUCUUGGGAGCAGGUAUUGAUUGUUACGUCACUUGUUU